AUGGCGCUUUUUCAAGCACUACUUUCUCUUGCGGAGUGGGCGGCCAUAUUAAGUGACUUUGAGGGCUGGUGCAGGUGUUCCUCCGCAGCAAUUAAACGAAUAUAACCUCCCGCUUUUGAGGAAAUGUGCUCCGUCUCGACCAGAGAAACUCUUAAUGUUCAACGAAAUCCAACUUUUGGGCUCUUUAAAAGCUCCAACAUCUACAAUGAACAACAGUGGACCGACUUAUCCCCUUGCCUCUUUGUAUGUCGGCGACCUGCAUCCAGAUGUUACGGAGGCCAUGCUGUACCAAAAGUUUUCUCCUGCUGGGCCAAUCAUGUCAAUCCGUGUGUGUCGUGAUAUCAUCACGCGGAGGUCCUUGGGAUAUGCUUACAUAAACUUCCAGCAACCAGCGGAUGCGGAGUGUGCUUUGGAUACAAUGAACUACGAUGUUCUGAAGGGACGCCCGAUCCGAAUAAUGUGGUCUCAACGCGACCCGGGCCUCAGAAAGUCUGGCGUGGGCAACAUCUUCAUCAAGAACAUGGAUGACACUAUUGACAACAAGGCAUUGUAUGAUACCUUCUCAGCCUUUGGCAAUAUUUUGUCUUGCAAGGUUGUUUGUGAUGAAAAAGGUUCAAAAGGCUACGGCUUUGUUCACUUUGAGACUCAAGAAGCCGCAAACCGUGCCAUUAAGACCAUGAAUGGAAUGUUGUUGAAUGAUAGAAAAGUUUUUGUCGGCCACUUCAAGUCCCGCAAGGACCGAGAGCAGGAGUUCGGCAGUAAAGCCAUGAAAUUCACCAACGUCUACAUAAAGAACUUUGGCGAAGACUACACAGAUGAGAAUCUAAAAUAUGACUUUUCUGCAUUUGGGAAGACUCUGAGUGUACGCGUGAUGAAGGACGAGCAAGGUUGUUCACGCGGAUUUGGCUUUGUCAACUACGCUAACCACGAGGAUGCGCAAAAGGCAGUGGAGGAGAUGAACGGCAAGGAACUCAACGGCAAGUUCCUCUACGUCGGACGGGCUCAAAAGCGGCUGGAACGUCAGGGAGAGCUGAAGCGCAGGUUUGACCAAAUCAAGCAGGACCGCAUCCAGCGCUAUCAGGGUGUCAAUCUGUAUGUGAAGAACUUGGACGAUAGCAUCGACGAUGAGAUUCUCCGGAAGGAGUUCUCCCCCUACGGCACCAUAACGAGUGCAAAGGUCAUGACCGACGGCUCCCAAAGCAAAGGCUUUGGCUUUGUCUGCUUUUCUUCACCCGAGGAGGCCACGAAAGCGGUAACCGAGAUGAACGGAAGGAUCAUUGCUACCAAGCCCCUGUACGUGGCACUGGCUCAGCGGCGGGAGGAACGGAAAGCCAUUCUCACCAACAAGUACAUGCAGAGACUGGCCACUCUGAGGAGCUUGAACAGUCCCGUCAUUGAUUCCUACCAUCAGACCAAUUACUACAUGACUGUGCCGCAGCAGACGACCACGCGCGGCUUCUAUGAGCAAAACGCCGUCAGCAACAUGAGAUUUGUGCCUCGCUGGACAGGACAGCCGCCGAGAGUUCAGGGUCCGUACUCAUCCCAGUAUAUCGGCGGCCCCGCCCCUCGCCAGGGCUCCACUCCCAUCGCCACGAUGAGACAGGCUUCGACUCAGGCCCCGCGUGUCUGCAGUUCCACGCAAAAGACAAAUAACAUCGGAACCCAGACCGCAUGUGGACGAGCUGACCUGUCCGCUGCGUCAAGGAGCGGUCAAUUCAAGUACUCGUCGGCGAUGCGGAACCCACAGCGGGUCGUUUCUAUGCCAGCCAUAACCAGACUACAGGCUGUUCCUGCCCCUGUGUUGGAGCCACCCAUGCAUGCUCAAGGACUGGAGCCACUAACCACCUCAAUGUUGGCUACAGCUCCACUUGUGGACCAGAAGCAGCUUUUUGGUGAGCGUCUGUACCCUCUGAUCCAUGGCCUUCACCCAAGCUUGGCUGGAAAAAUCACUGGAAUGCUGCUGGAGAUUGACAACUCGGAGCUACUACACAUGCUGGAAUCACCGGAAUCGCUUCACUCCAAGGUGGAGGAGGCCAUUGCUGUUUUGCAAGCUCACCAGGCCAAGGCCUGCUCCCCAAAAAAGGGAGGAAUCAUUUAAGGUGCUGACAGGUUUCUCGAGGAGUAAAAUUCAUUUCAAAACGGAAGGAAAAACGUAUGAGGGCUGGAACUGGCAAGCUGUUUUCUUUUUGUAACGUCUUUUGUUAUAAUAUAAAGUUCACAAUAUAGGCAUUAAA